GCGCGAUACAAUGCGAGGAAAGCCUGGUUAAAAAGUGUUUUUAGAGUGCAAUUUUACAACUUUUCCCUUGUUUUAGAAAAUAAUGGUCUGUUCCUUCCUUACGCUUACCUGAUGACGCGUUUUUGCAAUGGUGAGAUUUAAGAAAAGGUAUUUUCUUGUGGAAGUUGAGUAUGAAGAUGGCCUUAUCGAUGACUCAGUUCAGAAGGAUGCCAUGCGCCAGGUGGUGAAAGAAGCCGUGAAAACUGCUUUUGGUGAUUAUGGCUUAGGAUGUAUUCAACAAUUUCUAAAAGUAAAAUACCUCAAUCCUGUCACCAACAUUUUGUUUCUACAAUGUUUGCGAGACUAUCAGCAGAUUCUACAAACCUCACUCACAUUUGUGAAGAGCAUCAACAACAGAGCAUGCAUGUUCAAGACUUUAUAUAUUGGAGGAACAAUAAGGUCAUGCCAAAAGUUCUUGGUGAAGCACAAUAGAAAAGAGCUGUUUAGAGCCCUGAAAAAAUGUUCAACACAAGCUGAAAAAGAAAAGGUUUCAUCAUUAAUUGAGUCGGCAACAAAAGAAGAAAGUGUCCUGGACUCUGUAUGGCUUUGGAGAAGGAGAACCAAAGCACUCACCCAAAAGACUGUAAAUAAGGAGAAGAAUACAGAUUUAUAUGGUGACUCAGACUCAAACUGAUACCAGCACAAAUACUAGAACAAUACGUCCCAUUAGGAUUCAGAAGGCUAUCACCCAGGAUACCAUUUUGUCAUACAUGGGAAAUUGUUUGUGUCAGC